AUGACUGUGGAGAAUACAAUUGACCCUAACUACUACUAUGAACUGAACUAUAGUGAGCCGCUGUGUAGUAAAGAGGAGGUAGUGAAAGUCGGAUCCAUCCUCAUUCCACUCUAUUUUACAUUAUUGGUGGUGUUGAGCUGCAUCUGUAAUAUCCUCGUUCUGGUUUUCCUGUUGCUCUACAAAAACCUCAGAUGCCUGACCAAUGUCUUCAUCCUCAAUUCAGCCGUGGCAGAUCUUCUGUUCACUUUUGGACUUCCAUUUUGGGCCUCGUACUACAUCUGGGGUUGGACAUUUGGAGAAGUUGGCUGUAAAGCUGUGAAGUUUCUGUUCUACCUCGGCUUUUACAGCAGCGUGUUGUUCUUGACUCUAAUGACUGUUCAGCGUUACAUGGCAGUGGUUCAUCCUCUGUCUGACUGGGAGAGAUGCAGAGUCCUUUCAGUCUCUCCUUUUAUCGUUUGGAUCCUGAGUGGAAUUGUUGCACUGCUUAGUUCACUUCAAAGCGAAGUCUUGAUAGACUCUGACAACAUGUACUGUGAAUAUGGCAUUGUUAAAUGGAAAUCUGGCAUUGCUUAUUUUCAAAAUGCUUUUUUCCUCUUUGCAUUUGUGAUCAUGGGUUAUUGCUAUGGCAGAAUGCUUCGGACAAUCACAAAAUCUUUUACCAAUAAUGGACACAAGAAUGUUAAGCUCACUUUUUUUUUUCGUGCUGGUGUUUUUUAUUGGUUGGGCUCCAUAUAAUGUUGUCAUGUUCUUAAAAUCUCAGACUGUCCAUCCAUUCAUAGACUGUGACGUAAGCAUUA